AUGCACUGCCGCGCCAGCGCCGCUGCGGCCGCAGACAGCCCCUCGGAGGCGAGGCGGCAGCCAGGCCGGGCCGCGCCCGAGCAGUUCAGCAUCUGCUCCCCCGUCGAGAGCGCGCCGUCGCCUCUCUUCCCGUCCGGCUGGCUGUCGCUGCCGGACAGCCUGCUCGCCCCGGAGGCCUUGUCAGCUUCGGCGAUGGCUCAACGGCAGCAGCUGAAGCUUCAGGUGCAGGAGAUGCGCAGCUCCAUGGAGAGCAAGAGGCGCGAGCUCUCGAAGCAGCGCCAGAGGCAGGCCGCGCACCUGGAGGAGCUCGAGGGCCUGCUGCGGCGGGGGCGGGGCGCCAGCGGCGGCGCCCCCGAGCGAGGGCCAG